GACGGGCUUCGCAUCAAUCAACUAGUACCCUGGACAAUGAAUAUUGCUUGCACCCCAACCAAUGACAAGAGUUAGCGGAGUUUAUAAAAACCGAAAUCCUCCCGCUGCUGAUGUCGCAACCAAAGGGACAGAAGGAUUGACUUCAAUGAGAUCCUCGCUAUCUACAUAACGCCAUGCUGCAACAAGUUUUCCUCCAGGAAUUUGAAGAAUGCAGCACCGACCGCAGCUAAAGAGAAUCGCGAGAUAAGAGCGAAAUGUAGAGUUCCACUGCAGAGCAGAAAAAAUUGACUACUUAACAGUCUGGGAAAGCCACCCAUUGGUUUGAGGAAAACCACCAUUGAAGCCAACGACCUGAAAUUGUUUAGGAACCAAUUGCCAAGAUCAAGUGUUUCAACUAUUAGAGGUAGGCGAAACAGCAUGGGCUCCUUCAAUCAGAAUGAGCUCAGAAAGAUGGGUGGGAAAAUGGACACUACAUUUACAAAAGCUGCAUGCUCAAAAGAAAACCUGCUCAAUGCAACAUUUUGUCUCCCAUGUUCUGGUGACAACGAUGCCAGGCGCAAGAGCGUGGAUGAGGUCAUGCAGUGGCAUGACCUGCCCAGCAUUGAUGCUGCCAGCAAUACCCUUCAGCCCGAGUCAGCACUUUCAGCACACUUACCAGAUAUCCCUAUCGAGCCACAUAAUCUGUCGGGUUUAUUACCCAGCUUCGUCAAACAAGAGUGUUUGCGUAUAGCUGCUCAAAUGAGCAAUGAAAGCAACUAUGCACGAAAUGCAUGCCUCAUGGACAAUUCUAGAAUAGAUCAAGAGCCUGUGAUUGAUUUAUCGGUACUCUCGUGUUCAGACAUCUCUCUAGUAAAAUCCCCACAAAUUCGCUAUACCGCUGAGUUGCCAGGAAAUAGUUUAAAGGAUGCUGGAUGUCAACUAAUCCAUACUGAAGUUGACGUAAAACUUAAAGAUUCAUUUUUUAGUUCCAUGACAGAGAUGAAUGCAUUGACUCAGGAAAUCUGCCCUAUUCUCCACAUAAUUUGAUUCGGUUUGAUGACACCACCAUGCUGAGCGACCCUCAUGAUCUCAAGGAUGAAGAUACAAAUGUGUCAAAGUCAGAAGGUUAUUCCAGAAAUCUUGUGAGCUUGUUGCCCACCUGUAGACCUUACGAUGUAAGGGAGAUUUAAUGGAAUCAAAUGAAACCAUGGUUUUCUACGAUACAUCAAAUAUGCGGGCAGAGAAUGAAUUCACUGAUAAAAGUGUCAUCGAAACAAAGACUUCAACAAAUUCCAAAAAUCUCUCUCUGAGACAGACCUGCUCUUGUGUAAAGGAUCCGUGCUAAGCCAUGACAAUCUAAGUGUGCCAAAACCGAGUUUUGGUCUGGGAAAUGAAUUCCAGACUCCAACUGAUCAGACUAAUACUGUGCCCAGUGUUGGUCGCGGAGACUUGAUCAAGUUGAAUGAAACCAUGACGCAGGCAAAUGUAACAUGUGAGGCAUUAAAACAUGAAACCAGCUUUGGAAAUCAUCUCUCGGCUUCCAUCUUGUCGGAUUCCAAGAUGUCCCUGAAUGUCCAAGAUGCCGUGCAAUUAAAUGGAACUAUGACGGUAUUUGAUCAUAAUGCAACAUUUGAAAAGUCAAAGCAUGAAGACUUUCUUGGUCAUGAUGGCAAAGCGACUGCCUCGAUGAGUUGCAAGUUGGCUCUAUCCACAACCACAGAGCUUCAAGCGGCUGAAAUCGUGGCAGGGAAUGACUGUAAAGAUGCUACCUUUGAUACAUCAAAGCAAGAUUAUAAUUUUGGAAAUGAACCCAACAAUGCCAUUUGCUUGUUGCCUCCAUCUAUUGGAAAUAAGGUGGAAUUAAAUGGUACCAUAACUCUGGAACAUAAAAAUGCAACGUUUGAUACUUCAAAGCAUGAGAGUAAUUUGGGUAAUGACUGCAGCAAGACCACUCCCUUGUUGCCUCCAUCAGCAGGUGAAAAAGUGCAAUUAAAUGAAACCAUGAUUGUGGACCAAAAAUAUGUGACGCUUGAUGUAUGGCAGCUUGAGAGCUGCGUUGGAGGUAAUGUCAGUGACAUCGCUGCCUCGUCACACUGCAGGCUUACAAGUCAAGUGGUGCAGUUAAACGGAAGCAUGACUGCGACCAAUACUGAGGUUGAGAGAUUUGAGUCAUCAAAAGAUGGCAUCGGCUUGGAAGUGAAAAAAACGGGCAAAACUACCAACUUGUCCAGUUGCACGCCGCCGCUAUCUUCAAGAGACUUGGAUGGUCUCGUACCACUGAGCAAAUGUGAGGAUAGUACUUUAAUUUCUGCAGCAGCGCUGCGGGGAAUCCAGUCUAACUGUGACAGUAGUACCUCAAACAAUACAAAUACUGCGGGAAAUUUGGGAAAAGAUAAUGCGACUUGUUCUGUAAAAUGUGAAGGCAACCAAGACAAUGCUGGAAACAUCAACAGUUCCAGAGGACCUCCAGACCUGGUCAAAAAUCCACAUUUGAGAAAUUCCAUGCACAAUGAGGAACUUGAUGCAGUGAAUUCAGAAUGGGCUCCAGGCUGCAUGUCGACCCCAAAUAUUGCAGUGAAGUAUAGUUUUAUAGAAAAUCCACCAUUUGACUACUCCUUCCAGACCUCGUCCUCCACCCUUCAGGAUGACACACAUGUUGCAGUUGGUGAUUGUUCAGAUAAACAAGCUCCCAUGGGUGACUCAAGUUCAGGAUCUAACAAGAACAAACCUAAGUCUUCCAGUGGCAAAGCCAUAAAUGCACCACUACCUGAUAAUCAGUUGCGAGAAUCCAAAGCAGUAACUGCAGGUUCCUCCAAACCUGUUUCCAACCUUCCUAUAACCAGAAGGGAAAAUGGCAACCUAGGAGCGACGCUGUGGAAUAUAAAUGUAGUGGUGAAAAGAAGUCGAUACCUUUAUCUACUAGAACCUCUAGACCAAGUUGUUCUUUGAUGGGUAGAGGAGGAAGGCCUCCGAUACAACCACCUAAUCUUUCGAAGAAGUCCCUUCCAAAGCCUCGUCUAGUCCCAGGAAGGCCAAGUAGUGUUGUUGGGACAGGGCACAGUUCACCCAGUAACCAACUUCCAUCAUGCCAGACUACAGUCAACACCAAAAUACCUGUGAAAACAGAGACUGAAGUUAUCAGCAAGAUACCUGGAAUUAAGAAAAAAUCUCACCAUGCAACUUCAGAGGAACCUACCCAGGACCAAAAAUCUGAAUUUGAACUUGCUCCACUCUUCGGUGUGGGUACGGCUGGUCCUUCAAGCACCAGAAAUAAUAUCCACACACUUCAUGCUUUGGCCUCCAACAAUGUUAUCCCUGGCAUAAAGCGGCCAGGCAGUACAAUGGAGCAGAAGAGGCAAUGCCCAUCUCCAAAGAGACCCAAGGCCGUGGGUACGGCUGGUCCUUCAAGCACCAGAAAGAAUAUCCACACACUUCAUGCUUUGGCCUCCAACAAUGUUAUCCCUGGCAUAAAGCGGCCAGGCAGUACAAUGGAGCAGAAGAGGCAAUGCCCAUCUCCAAAGAGACCCAAGGCCGUGGCACAACAUCACAGGAAAAUCAAAGAACUCGAGGAGAAAGUCGCUGAGUUAGAGCUUGAAAAUGCUGCACUUCGUCAGAGUGUCCCAAAUUGGCCUUGAAGAUUCCAAUGUUUAACACCAUAUCUGAUGCCAACACAGCGCUGCUUAAGUGAUGAUGUCCACAACUGUGUUUCCAUAUUAAUGCACUGCUAGUAUUACAUUUUGCCUAAGAUUUUAAUUGUUAUUAAAAUAAUCUUUUGGAUGGUUAAUAGUGCUUGUUUCCUGUGUCUGGUUUAUAAAUGUUUACAUUAUUUAUUCACAAUGUGUUUACUUAUAAACAAAUAAAAAUAUAUGAAUCACUAA